ACAGUUCAGGCAGAACGAGCGAUCUCUCCAGCACCCAGCUUCACUCUCCCGCGACUUUUGUGCAAUAAGCUAGGGUUUCCUCCAACGAAAUAGCUCUGCUGGAGAAAUGCCAAAUAUAAGGUGUUUGCUGACUGUUGUAAUCUAUGUUUACCUCACAACAUUGGCUGCCUCCGCCUUCCUUCCCUCCCACACUAUAACCUCGCCGUCCGUAGCGUCUUUUGCGGAGGUCAGUUCCAAAUGCGGACGCCUUUCAACAAAACUGGAAGCCAGUCAAAGAGAAACAAAUUUUGGAGCCACGCGUCGCCGUAUACUUACCGGGUACUUCUCAAAAGGGCUCGUCAGCGCGGCGGCUCUUCAAGUGCUCUCUUUUCCAUCCCCAACCAUCGCGGCCACGAAUAAGACAGCGAUAGCCGCUUAUGUUUCUCAGAGUCGGGCUACAAGGAGUUAAAAACCAUGAGGAGUGGGCAUCCACCAAGGCCAAGGGAGGAGACGAGGUGCGCCGACGGCUCGGCAUCGUGGGUACAAAGAGUCCCCUAUUCCGCAUCGACAAGGCAAUCAAGGCGGUGCAAAACGCCCUCCUCGAGGGGGAUUUGGGGGAGGAUGUCGGAGACGUGCUGGAUUUCGUGGAUGCCUCCCAGCGCGUCUUGGACGGCAUCAAGAACGCGGACUUCCUCGCUUACAGCAAUAAUUUCGCUUCAUUUGGAAACGGAGGGGGUGCACUGGAUUUCAUGGAACAGAGCCACGAAGCCAUGACACCAGCCUUGGAAGCAUUUGAAGACAUGAUGGAUAUUUUGCGUUUGCCAAAGUAGACAGCGUGCGAGCAAUUACGAGCACCACCAGCACUAUGCGUUGAGAAAUCGAAAAAGAGCGUUGGCCGCCGAAUGUGAUUUUGAAAGAGAUUUGCUCACAAGUAUGACAUGAAAAAGCAAUUUUACAAAUUUUGUGGCUUUGGCCUGAUCAUCGGGCAGUUUCGAUGUUCGAGAUCGGAUCUUUGACUCGCGGCGGCUGCGGGGAUAAAUUAAAACAAGUGCAGACCUUUAU